AUCAUGGCGGCAGGGAUGGUUGUGCGGUUUGUUGUUAGCUGACUAUUUCCAUGCUUUGAUCUGCAAUCGUGACCGCGUUUGGGUUGCGGCAGGUUUCUCAGAUGUUAGGACUAGCUUCAGGAGAAGUCCAUGCCCAGGAUGUGAUUAACCGAGCCUGCCAAAAGGCCUUGAAAAGAAAAAAACCCUCAUCAGGAAAAUGGCCAUCUCUGGAGGAGCGCUUGUUAGACUGUUAUAUAGAAUCCUGUGAAGGAGCACCGAGAGACAAGAGGUUUUGCCAUGGUGUCCAUUUACUGGAGAAAGUCGUCCUUCAAGACAACCUCUCAACGCUGGUGGUGAACCUGUAUCCUAAUAAUGAAGGCUACUCUCUCAUGUUGAAGGGAAAAAAUGGAUCUGAAUCAGAGACCAUAAAGCUUCCCUAUGAAGAGACUCAAUUCCUUGAUUAUCUAGAUGCACAAGAGCUUCCCCCAAUUUUGGUUGAUUUACUGGAAAGAUCACAAGCAAAUAUUUUCUAUAGUGGAUGUGUGAUUGUAGAAGUCAGAGAUUACCGACAGAAUUUGAGUUCAUCAAGCUAUGACACCAAAUAUGUCUUGCUCAGGCCGACAUACCAGAGUUUAGUAUGUGACGUCAACAAUCUUACGUCAGACCCCUCCUGGUCUGUUGAUGACAAGCUUGCUCUAGAGGCUCAGUUGCUAUUAGCAACCGAAGGCCCACUUUGCCUCAAUCCCAACCCAGAAGUGGGCCUUGUAGCAAACCAACUACAGUUCAACUUAAAAAAGUUUAAUACUCCUGCUCUCAAGAGCAAGCUGAGAAGUAACAGCCAUGCAUUCCAGACACGUGCUCUCCUGGCAUCAAGUGGACCAACACCUUCAUCACUUAAAUUGAUGGACUUUCUUGGCCGCUACAAGAAACCACACCCUCCAGUAAACCUUCGUCUUGCAAAGACGCCUCAAACAACGGACACUUGGAAACAGAAGCACAUUCCUCUUGGUAUUCCAUCAAGACUUGAUGUUGAUCUGUAUGCAAAGAUGAUAGAGCGACCAAAAAUCACCAGUGACAAUAGUCCAGAGACUGUCCAGGAAAUCACUCUUGAGGGUGAAAAGACAAACAACAGAAACUACUACUGUAAGGUGACAAUACGAAGGCGUCCAACCGACCUUCAAUACCUAGGGGAGUUAUAUCUGGAGGAGGACACGAGUGGAGGAGCUAAUAACAAUGGCAAUGCUCGCACCCGUGAGGAACAAAUGGCCAGGGGGGGCAAGGCAUGCCAAUUUUUCCUUGGGAGCAAACUCAGUGCACAAAAGUAUUUACAACAGUUUCAAGACCUGUACACAGAAGAAGGCAGGAAAUCGGUCAAAAUAUGUAGCUAUCUGCCAGGGCAGCAAUCAACACAAGGAACCCUUUCAAGUGCUGGCUCUGUCACUCAGAACCCAACACAGGGCACCCAGGAUGGGCAGAAUGCUUUAUCCACAGCUCAAGAUGAUACUUCUAACAAUAAUCAUGGAUUAGGUGUACCUGCUGCAUCUCAAGCUACCACUGUGAAGUUGCCUGCUGGUGCUGCUAGCCUAGCACACCUGGAUACAGCCUCCAUGGCUAACUUUCCAACUUAUGGACAAAAGCUCAUGGCAUUUUCACAGCAGGGAGGGGUGGGUCGGGCUACGGCAGCACAAGUUGUCACUAUCAAUAGUGGCUCUGUGAUUGCAUCACCAGCCAAACUUGCACAGCCUACAAAUAGAAAGGGGACCUUUGUAACAAGCACACCACAGAUAAUCAUGACAUCAAAGCCCACUCCUGGAAAGGGCCAAUCAGUUCUUCUACAGCGAACUUCACAAGUAGAUGGAACCUCCCGCCCAUCACCGACCACACCCACUGCACAAUACCCUGGUGUAGCGUCCUCUUAUAUGCAGACAGUUGUGUGUAGUGGUAGUGGUACCACUGUGGCAUUACCAGCAGGGAUGUCAGUGUCUGGUGGUACCCAUGUAGUGAAUGUCACCCAUGGAGGUGGCACCAUAGCGACAGGUUCUUUACAGGCCCAGUUCAUAGGUAUUAAAGGGCAGAAUAUACAGCCAGCUCCACCAACACCAUUAACUCUUUUACAGACGCAACAAGGCCAUCUAGCCCAGGGAAGACAACAAACAACAACAUUUACGAUACCGGGGAAUUUGGUUCCUAUUUCUCAAAUCUCUUCAGUUGGUGGAGUGGCAACCCUGAACACUGCUCAGAUACAAGCUAAAACAUCUCCACAGACCACGCCUGUAGGACAACCCACGCCAAUCCUUCCAAACACCCCCAUGUCGCCACAGUCUGGCAUGACUACAGUCACCAUAAACGCCCGACCAAUCCUUCCUCAACAACCUCAGCAACAGCGCAAACUGCAGACUGCAAGAACUCUCAUAAACCGCAGUGGUACCCCGACCAUCCAGCCCCUGGUCCCCAUUGGGGGGCAACUUGCGCCUGCUGGGGCCCAAAUCCCUCAACAACAGUUCCAAGUGCGUAUACCAGUCCAAUUCUCCCAGCAACAGCUACAACAAAGUGCCCAAGGCUCGCAAGGACAGACCCUUGUGCAGGUGUCUCAUGGACAGGCUGGCCAAACACUCAUGCAGGCCCCCCAAGCACAAACCCUGGUCCAGACUACACACGGCCAGACAUUAGUACAGGGUUCUCAUGGCCAGACACUUGUACAAGCCUCGCCCAUCCAGAUUCAGUCAACAUCCCAGCCUCAGAUACUACAGCCCCAAAUCCAGGUCAAGUCUGUACCCCAACAUAGCGUCGGCGGGGGAAAGGGGAAGUCCCCCGGAGGGCAGAGGCGGCGCUCACAAAAUAAAUAAGAUUUUAUGCCACUAGUGUGGGGAAUGGAGUAUCUAAAUAAAUACAUAAAGCCCAGGGGGCAGAUCAAGGAGUUACAAAAAGGGGGGACUGAAGCAAGAAUUUUUAGGAACAUUUUAAGAUUUCCUUACACUUAACAUUUUUAAGCAAAAGUUUUGAAAUGAGGGAGGCUGGUCCUGUUUAGCCCACCUCUUGAUCCUCCCAGAAGCCAGUGCUUUUGUGAUUAAAAUUGUACUCCCUGAUAAAAACAAGGCCUGAAAAGUAACAAACCUUUGUUAUAAUUUGUAAUUUUCCAAAAUCCUAAAAUUUUGCGUUGUACAUUCAAUUUCUUAAUGCAAUGUCCAAUACGUUGAUUGAAUACACGAUAUUUCCAAGCAAGAUAAGAAUCUGCUACUUCAGGUACCCCAUCCUCUCAUUUUAAAAUAUUUUGCCCCAUUUUAUUUAGAUUAGAUAAAGGGAGUCAGUCUGAUAGUAUGUAGUUUAUUUAUUUAAAAAAAUACAAAUUUUAUUUCUUAUCUGUCUGGGACAUUAGUGCAUGCUGUAUGGAUCAACUGCUGCACCUCCAAAACACGUCCAGUCGUUACAUCGAAACACUCUUGUAACUUGUCUUGUGUUAGAGGUGGCCCUCCUAAUAUGGAAAAAUAUAUAUAUGUACAUAUUGGUUAACCAUUCCAACACCACAAUUUUUCUGUCUGACUGUAAUCUUAAGCUAAACCAUCUUCAGCAUCAAUCUUAAUUAAAUCCCUUCUCCAUGGGAGGAAACUAUAAUACCAGUUUCCAACAGCAAUUCACAGUUUCGGUGCUUAAAAGGCAUGUGCCUUUUACAGGCUCAAAGUCCAACAAAUCGUAAACAACCAGAGAGAGUUCGGACAAGUCAGAAAAGUGUACUUCGUAUCAACAAAAUGGUGACAACAAAGCAUUGUACUCAUGGCACCUGUAGAAAUGAUUCUAGAUUCCUGCAGUUAUGGAAGACAAAUGGCAAUGGGGGGAUUUCAGAUUGAUGCUGAAUCACUCAUAGCAACCUACCUGGCUUAUGGACUGCAACAACUUUAUUAUUGGUUGUCAUGACAACAGAGACUUUUCCAGAAGCAAGUCUCUCCUCUUCAUCAGUUGGGUCACAGUAAAUAUGAUCACUGUGGAAACAUGGAAUAAGAGUUUGUGAGACACCAAAUAGCCAUGAUAAAGUUGGUCUUUUAGACUUUUUGUUGGUUAUAAAAAAUAAAGCCUGAAGCAAACACCUGG